CAUGAAUCGGUUGUGCAACUUCUUCUAAAAAACGGAGCAGAUGUGAAUGCUGAGGGUGGUCAAUAUGGCAAUGCACUACAAGCAGCUUCAGCAGCGGGGAGCCGGUCGGUUGUGCAGCUUCUUCUCGAUCACGGAGCAGUGGUGAAUGCUCAGGGUGGCUUUCAUGACAAUGCACUUCAAGCAGCUGCAUUUGCGGGGAGUGAGUCAAUUGUGAACCUUCUCCUCGAGCGUGAAGCAGAGCUAAAUGCUCAGGGUGGCUAUUAUGGCAGUGCGCUACAAGCGGCGGCAUCAAGAGGGAACGGAUCGGUUGUACAGCUUCUCCUUGAGUGCAAGGUAGACGUACAUGCUCAGGGUGGUAGAUAUGGCAAUGCACUACAAGCAGCUGCAGCAGUGGGGAGCGAGCCGAUUGUGCAACUCCUUCUCAACCAUGGGGUGGAGGUGAAUGCUCAGGGUGGUUAUCACGGGAGCGCUCUUCAAGCAGCUGCAUUUGCGGGGAAUCAAUCAGUUGUGAAGCUUCUCCUGAAGCAUAAUGCAAAGCUGAAUGCGCAGGGUGGCUAUUAUGGCAGUGCGCUCCAAGCAGCGGUAGCAAGAGGGAACAGAUCGGUUGUAGAGCUUCUUCUCGAGCACAAGGCAGAUCUGAAUUCUAAGUCUGGCCGCUUCGACAGCGCACUUCAAGCAGCUGUAGCAAGGAGGAACGAACCAAUUGCACGGCUUCUCCUCAAAAACGGCGCAGACGUGAAUUCUCUGUUGGCCCGUUACGGUACUGCCCUGUCUGCAGCUGUGCAUGGGCGGA